GUGUGUCUGUGUAGAGCGGUGGAUCCGAGAAGCAGACGGGCCGCCCUUUCGGUCGUUCGGUUGAGUCCACUUUUCCCCUCGGCCUCCUCCGCCUUGCGCCUUAUUUCUUCUCCCUUGGCCAAAACGCCUUGAACGCCUCUAGAUAGAAGCAGGAGGGGAGAGAGAUAGAGAAGAGAGCGGGGUGAAAAAGGGGCUUGUUGCGUCCUGCCAGUUUUAUAUCAGCUGAAACGCGAAGCUGACCGUGUGUGAGGCUUUGGGAGACAAAAGCCUGGGGACGGAUGAAAAGAAAGCGUUGCUGCAAGGGAAGCAGCCGAGCAGAUGACAGAAACGGCACGCUGCAGAGCGACAAUGCGAAGGGAGUGGGAGGGGGAGCCGGACAGUAAGUUCAAACGUGGCUUUGGAAAGCGCCGGCGUUUCCUUAAGGCUUCCAGGCUAUGAACAAAGAAGGCUAAGAAAAACUGGAAGGGAAGUCCCCAGGUAUAAAAGGGGAAGCAGGCCAGGACAGAAAUCCUGUGGUUUGACGGUUGCAAUUGGAAACUAGCAGAGGUUUACUGGAACACGGGAUGACAAAGAAAGCCCUGGGAAGAAAAGUUCUUCUAUUUCUACUCUACUGGGUCCAUGAAGCAGCAUGAUUUAAGGACGGGUUUGGACUACAGAGCUUGUAUGAACUUUGGAAAUCUACAUAUUAAAUGAGGCAUAUCCAUUUGUUUGCAAUAUAUGCUGCAUUUGCUGAAGGAAAAAAUGAUCUGCUUUUAGAAGGCGCUAAUCUGGGGAAUCUAAAAGCCACAUACAUUUGGAAAUGACUGGAAUUUAGAGAAGAAAUGUGGGAAUUCUUGCAUGUUAUCUCUACUUUAGAUGCAUUGACUCACAAUAGCAUGCAGCAUUGUAAAGUGCAACUGUAGUCAUGGCAUUGUGCAACCUUUUAAACGAUGCAUCAUUGAGCUUUGCUACAAACAUAGCUAUACCUCUAAAAAGGAUUUCCAGCAAAACAAUAUCAGUCAUAUUUGGAUUGAAAGACACUUCUUGCCCAAAGAUGCCACUGACUUAUGUGAAGGCAUGAAUUGAUUUGUGGAUUGCAGUCUGUCCUGUGGCAUAGUUUCAUGCAACGAGCACUUUGGCUUGGAUUUAAGAAUCUGUUGUCUUCAGUGAAACCUAAGAUGUGCUCUUGAUUUGGACUGUAAAAUGGCUCAGACCAGCUUGCUGCAGGGGAAACAGUUUUAUUGCAGAGAAUGGGUUUUUCACAAACUACAGCACUGCCUCCAGGAAAAGACAAGCUUCAGCAAUAGCUCUGCCAACAAACCGUCCAUUGUGCUGAAUUCUGGGUCUAAUGCUUGUGUUGUCCCUGCCAAGGGAGCAUCCUGGGGUGUAUUGUUAGUAGGAGGUCCUGGUAGUGGCAAGACAGCAGUUUGUACUGAAUUAUUAUGGCCAAGCUCACCUGCAAACUUACAAAGAGGUUUACAUCACCAAGCACUAGCUUUCCAUUUUUGUAGGGCCCAGGACUCUGAUACACUCUGUGUGGGGAGGUUUAUUAGAGGCUUAGUUGCCCAGAUCUGUCAGAGUGGAUUGAUUCAGGGUUACGAAGACAAAGUGAGAGAUCCAGCUGUUCAAAGUCUCCUGCAACCUGGGGAAUGUGAGAGAAACCCUGCUGAAGCUCUUAAAAGGUGCAUUUUGCUUCCACUUCUGGGAGCUAAGAGCCCCCAACAAAGUUACUUUCUCUUGGUGGAUUCUGUAGAUGAGGGGUGCAAUAUUGCUGAAGGUGACCAGACAUCUACAUGCUUAUCUGGAACUAUAGCUGAGCUUCUAGCUACUCACUAUGAAUUUUUCCCCCCAUGGUUGCUGCUUCUCUGUUCUGCUCGAAAGCAGAAUAAAACUGUCACAAAAUUGUUUACAGGCUUUCGAAAAAUAAGUCUUGAUGACCUCAGGAAGGCCUAUAUUGUGAAAGAUGUCCAACAGUAUAUUCUUCAUCGUUUGGAUCAAGAAGAAGCCCUGAGACAACAUCUCACAAAAGAAACUGCAGAAAUGUUGAAUCAGCUUCACAUUAAAAGCAGUGGUUGCUUUCUGUACCUUGAGCGUGUCCUAGAUGGAGUAGUAGAAAAUUUCAUUAUGCUAAGAGAAAUUCGUGAUAUCCCUGGAACGUUAAAUGGACUCUAUCUUUGGCUUUGUCAGAGACUCUUUGUGAGAAAACAGUUUGCAAAAGUCCAACCUAUUCUGAAUGUAAUCCUUGCUGCUUGCAGACCACUUACAACAACUGAAUUGUUUCAUGCCGUGUGGACCAAAAAUAUGGCAUUGUCUAUGGAAGAUUUCCAGCGCAAACUAGAUGUUCUAUCAAAAGUUCUCGUUGAUGGUCUAGGAAACACAAAGAUCCUUUUUCACUACAGUUUUGCAGAAUGGUUGUUGGAUGUAAAACAUUGUACACAAAAGUAUUUAUGCAAUGCAGCAGAGGGACACCGAAUGCUAGCAAUGAGUUAUACAUGUCGAGCCAAGGAUUUAGCACCAUUGGAAGCACAAGAAUUUGCUUUGCAUUUAAUAGAUUCAAAUUUACAACUGGAAACUUCUGAGUUAGCUUUAUGGAUGAUCUGGAAUGGUACUCCUGUUAAAGAUUCUUUGUUGACAUUGAUACCCAAAGAGCAGGAAGUUUUACAAUUGCUAGUAAAAGCUGGUGCUCAUGUUAAUAGUGAAGAUGAUCGGACAUCUUGCAUUGUGCAACAAGCAUUAGAAAGAGAAGAUUCUAUUAGAACUUUAUUGGAUAAUGGUGCUUCAAUAAAUCAAUGUGAUUCAAAUGGAAGAACAUUGCUGGCCAAUGCUGCCUACAGUGGCAAUCUUGAUGUAGUGAAUUUGUUAGUUUCUAGAGGAGCAGAUUUUGAAAUUGAAGAUACACUUGGACAGACAGCACUUACUUUAGCUGCUCGGCAAGGACACACCAAAGUUGUAAAUUGUUUGAUUGGAUGUGGUGCUAACAUAAAUCAUACUGACCAUGAUGGAUGGACAGCAUUGCGAUCUGCAGCUUGGGGUGGACAUACUGAGGUUGUUUCUGCACUUCUGUAUGCUGGUGUAAAAGUAGACUGUGCAGAUGCUGACAGUCGAACAGCUUUGAGAGCAGCAGCCUGGGGAGGACAUGAAGAUAUUGUACUGAAUCUGUUGCAACAUGGAGCUGAGGUGAACAAAGCAGAUAAUGAAGGGAGAACUGCUUUAAUUGCAGCGGCGUACAUGGGGCAUAAAGAAAUUGUAGAGCAUCUUCUAGACCAUGGUGCAGAGGUAAAUCAUGAGGAUGUGGAUGGAAGGACUGCUCUCUCAGUUGCUGCUCUUUGUGUUCCUGCUAGCAAGGGACAUGCUUCCGUUGUCAGCCUUUUAAUAGACAGGGGAGCUGAGGUGGAUCAUUGUGACAAAGAUGGAAUGACUCCACUGCUAGUAGCAGCCUAUGAAGGGCAUGUAGAUGUUGUUGAUUUGCUUCUGGAAGGUGGAGCAGAUGUAGAUCAUACUGACAACAAUGGUCGCACCCCUCUUCUUGCUGCAGCGUCAAUGGGCCAUGCUUCAGUUGUAAAUACUUUAUUAUUUUGGGGGGCAGCUGUGGAUAGCAUUGAUAGUGAAGGACGGACAGUUCUUAGCAUAGCAUCUGCUCAAGGUAAUGUUGAAGUAGUACGGACUCUGCUAGAUAGAGGAUUAGAUGAAAACCAUAGGGAUGAUGCAGGAUGGACACCUUUGCAUAUGGCUGCUUUUGAAGGUCACAGAUUAAUAUGUGAAGCACUUAUAGAACAAGGUGCUCGGACUAAUGAAAUUGAUAAUGAUGGACGUAUACCAUUCAUAUUGGCAGCCCAGGAGGGCCACUAUGACUGUGUGCAGACUUUACUGGAAAAUAAAUCUAAUAUCGAUCAUAGAGGCUAUGAUGGGAGAAAUGCACUCCGUGUUGCUGCUUUAGAAGGGCACAGAGAUAUAGUUGAACUACUUUUCAGCCAUGGAGCUGAUGUGAACUAUAAAGAUGCUGAUGGCCGGCCAACACUUUACAUCCUGGCCUUGGAGAACCAGCUAUCAAUGGCUGAGUACUUUUUAGAAAAUGGUGCAAAUGUAGAAGCAAGUGAUGCUGAAGGAAGGACAGCACUCCAUGUUUCCUGCUGGCAGGGCCACCUGGAGAUGGUACAGAUGCUGAUAACAUACCAUGCUGAUAUAAAUGCAUCAGACAAUGAGAAACGGUCAGCUUUACAGUCGGCAGCAUGGCAGGGACACGUCAAAGUAGUUCAGCUUUUGAUUGAGCACGGGUCCUUAGUUGAUCAUACAUGCAAUCAAGGUGCUACUGCACUCUGCAUUGCAGCCCAAGAAGGACAUAUUGAUGUGGUGCAGAUAUUACUGGAAAAUAGUGCUGAUCCAAAUCACGCAGAUCAGUUUGGGCGCACAGCAAUGCGUGUUGCUGCAAAGAACGGGCACACGCCAAUAAUUAAACUACUGGAAAAAUAUGGUGCUUCUAGUUUAAAUGGAUGCACUCCUUCCCCAAUCCAUACAAUGGAGCAAAAACCUUUGCAAUCAGUACCUUCAAAAAUGCAAUCCUUAACGAUAAAAUCAAACAGUUCAGGGAGCACUGGUGGGGGCGAUGUACAAGCUGCUUUGCGUGGUUUGUCAAAUGGCCCAUCUCAUGCUUUUAGUUCUCCUUCUGAAUCCCCUGAUUCAACAGUUGACCGACAGAAGUCCUCUUUAUCUAAUAAUUCACUGAAAAGUUCAAAAAACUCAUCUCUUCGUACAACUUCAUCUACAACAACUGCCCAAACAGUACCUAUUGAUAGUUUCCACAAUAUGUCCUUCACAGAACAAAUACAGCAGCAUUCACUGCCCCGCAGUAGAAGUAGACAGUCCAUUGUUUCACCUUCUUCCACCACUCAUUCUUUAAGCCAGAAUCAUAGUUCGCCAAAUAGUGAAUUUGAAUGGGGCCAAGUGAAACCCAAUCUAAAAUCAACAAAACAAAACAAAACAGGGAAAACGGAGAGCUCCAACAAAUCCGGAUCUGCUGGGAAAAAAGUAAAACCAACCACUUCCUCACAACCAAAAGUUUUAGAAUAUGAAAUGACUCAGUUUGAUAAGCAGACAUCUGUUGCCAAAUGUGGCACUACCGUGCCUCUUAAAAAUAUGUCUGCUGAUACACAGUGCAAAAUUUUAGUCCCUUCAGCCCAGCAAGAAGUUUGCCGGUCCCAACAGCAGUUCCUGAUCCAUCAACAAAGUGGAGAGCAAAAAAAGAGAAAUGGAAUAAUGACAAAUCCAAACUACCAUCUUCAGAGCAAUCAGGUUUUUCUUGGUAGAGUAUCUGUUCCACGAACAGUCCAGGAUCGAGGGCAUCAGGAGGUUUUGGAAGGCUAUCCAUCUGCAGAAACAGAAUUUAGCCUUAAACAAGCCUUAAAACUUCAGAUUGAGGGAAAUGACCCAAGCUUCAGUUACAAGAAAGAAACACCAUUGUAAAAGGAAGUUUUCAUAACACCAGGAACAAAAAGAAGAGGUUGCCAAGGAUGGUUUGUCAGCUAGACUGGGAUAAAAGCAUUUCUUGCUCAUUAAAUUACAUUGAAAUUCUGAAUGUGAUCACUGCAGCACAGUUACCUUGAUUACUGCAAUGUGCCUAAAAGUUAAGGCUGCCUUCUUAAUGUAACCUUCUGUGCUUCAGAAACUGUAUUUUGUGUACUUUAUACUUAAUACAUAGAAUAAGCACUUUCUUCCUUAAUAACAAAACAAGAUAAUGCCAUAUAUUCCAUGGACAACUAAAAAGUUUUAAGAAUUAGAAAUGUAAGCUCCUUUUCAGGAAGGCAUGAUCAGGGUAAAGGUGUCAUGGUGGCUUGUGCUGAAAGGCAUUGCCUUAUGUAUUUAUUUUAUUUUAAUAUGGCCAAAAAAAUCUGCUUUCUGUUGAAAACAUAAUCAGUAUCUUUGGCUACCUAAAAAAUGAAACAACCUCACUUCACAAAUAUAUACAUGCAUCUGGUUAUUUCUUUUAAUAAGCCUUUUAAACACUAUUUUUUCCUGUUUUAUGUUUGUACCAGCAACUUUGCAGCAUGUGAUUCCUAGUUAAACUUUAAGAUGUCAUAAGAUUUCUUAUAUUUUUUACUGUAGGUUCACAUAUACUCAUACAAAAGACUGGAGCUAUCUCAAAGGGUGCAAUUUGCAUGUAGAAGAGAAUUAAGUGAACUGCCACAGCCACAAUGCUAAUUGCCCUUUGAGGGUUCUUUGCUUUCCAAGACUGGGCACAUCACAGCAUAGUAAAUCUGUACACAAUGCUUUAUUACAGCACCCACUUUCUCCAACAACAGUCUAUUGCUCUGGGUCAAUUUCACCCCUCUCGGAUUUGUAAGUUGCUGUUGCUGUGUAAAUACAUCUUUAAUAUUCAAUAUUUUGUUCUCAAAAUCUUUUAACAAAGUCUCCAAGUCUUUAAAGUGGCACUCACUCUUAGCCUUCUUCCAAAAGUUUUUACAUUGGCUGGGAUGAAGUGCUGCCUCAAUGCAGUUGUUCCUUUUCUGGUUGCGACCAUGCUUUCAGCAAAGAUGCAAGCUGGGUUCCCAUCAGCACAAUGCUGCUCACCGUAGCUUGUGGUCCUGGCCGUUGAAUGAUAGUCCUCUUGCCUUCUUGUAAUAGCUGCCAAUCUCCAGAUAUCGCCUCAAUUUUUCUAUCUUUGUAUCACCUUUCUUUCUAAUCACACCUCCCCAUGCUGUCUUAGCAUUUGCUUUUGUAAGCUAAGAUUCUGGGUAGUGUGAGGCUGUUUCUGGACAUUGCCAUGUCUUUGAAAAGGCCUGGGUGUGGCUCUAUUAGCUAGGAAGCCGAAACACUGGUAUGGAGGCUUGUGAGGAAAUUUGUGAGUGAAUGAAUAAAUGCUCUCAGGUUUCUGGGUCUGUAAACUUUUACAAUCCUCUGAGAAAAAAAAAUGAGCUUGUGUUGAGCCUCAAGGAAAUGGGGUGAGUAGCAUUUCUGCCUGGCUGCAGCGGCUUUUUCCAAGCACAGACAACAAUUCAGCUUCACUUCGUCUCAAAGUUGCAGCCAUAAUAAUAGUUCAUAACAUUUAUGAUCUCCCCCCAAAAAACACUGCAAUUUCAAGUGUUAGUGUUUGGUCAUGUGGUUAUGUCUGGGUAUGGCUUGUUCACAUUUUAUGUUCUCAAAAAAAAAUGUGUACAUACAUAAUAAAGGUCAUCUCAAACACAUGAUACCAAACCAAUAUGAGGUACUUUUCUUUUCAUUUAAAAUUGUAUUUCCAUGAAUAUAUUUCCGUACAAUCAGAUGCUUCUCACCAGGAAUGUCAGUCUUUUGACAACGGUAGCUAAAUUGUCGUACUAGGUACAAGUCAUUAAGCUUGUUCUUGUCAUUCGUUUUGAACAGAAUUGGUGAAGGAAUAUGUUUGAAACCAGGCCUCAUUUAAUUGACUUAAAUCAGGUUACAUAUGUGUUCACAUUACCUUUUUCCUCUUUGAAAGGCCAACGGAGGUUUGUCAGCCGGACUUGCUACUUCAUAUUUUUCUGUGGAAGAGACACAGCCUAGUGAUUGUACAGCUGUUAAAAUAUAUGAAGGCUCUUGCUCAAUCUUUCAAUCCUCAGUUAAAUGAUAUGAAAUGAACAAAGUAUCUCUAUUGCACUGAACUAUAUUGUAUUGACAAUUUAGUGACCUCCAUUUGUCCCCCUGUUUGAAACUAAUGAAUAACAUAGUCCAAAACAAAUUGAAAAUAUCUGGUGCCUAUUUUGGUGUUAAGUAGAAUAAAAUGUUAACCCACAUAAAGCAAUUUAAUAUACUGAAAAAUGAAAUGAUUAGAAGAGUUGACAAGCCUAACCCAGAUAACUUAUCUGCAUAUAUUUAAAGCAGUAAGAAUAGUUUAUUUGUUUUGCUUCUUUUUGUUUUGUGUGUGGCCCCAAUAUAAACUUCUGUUUUCAGGUUUUAUUUUUGGUACCAAUUAAUAUUAUUGGAUUAGAAGUAAAUACUUCAACAAUAUCUUUCCAGCUGAAAAUAAUACAUAGCUGGAUUUACCUUGAUUCACUCUUUCAGAUAUAUUUUAAAAACUCUCUGUAGCUCAAACUCUCUGUAGUAUCAAAGAAAUGUUUUUUGAAGUUGCCUUGUAGCAGUCUGUAUCUAUUGUUAUAAAACCUUGUCCCUGCUACUCUGUGCAUCUCCUUUGUGACCAAAAAACCAACUCAGGAUAGGAGGAACAAGCCUAAUUCUUCCUGGUAACUUAUGGCAGGAAAUUCAUGUUUUUCCCUUUGCUGUAUUGUCACCAAGUGUCACUGCUUUACUUUUCCCAACAUGCUUAUGGAAUAAAUUAUGGUCAACUAUGGGAUUUCUGCCAUGAGGUUAAAAUUUGUGGCAAAGGCUUUUCAGUAAGAAGUCUAUCCUGGCAAUGAACUAUUGCAAUGAAAAAGAUGCAGGGUUGUAUGCAUUGCGAGCAUAAAAGUUACAUGUGAUUUAAACAGGAAUUCAUACUCAUGAAAAUAUCUUUUUCUAGUAUUGCUAAUACUGGGUAUUUGCAAAAUAAUUCAAAACUGCAGCCCUUAUUUCUUAUUAAUAUUUUACUCUUUAAAAAUAUUCCUAAAGAUCGUUGUCUUUUUUAUCUCAGCUGUUGUUGAGAUUGUAUUUACUGGACUUGUUUUAUCCUAGUAUGUAUUUGCGAGUUGAUAAUUACAUUUAUGGCCAUACUCGCAACAAGGCUCCAUGUUGCAGAAGCCUUUGGAUUUUCAGCAUAAUAAUUUUAUCAUUUGAAGAAUAGCUCCUAAGCAUAGUAAUCAAUUAAGAUCAGAAGGAAAGUGCUUUCUGAUAAUACAUUGGUUUCAAAGUUCCUGCAUAUUUUCAGAACCUUGUUGGAAUACAGCAUGCCUGCCCUCAUUAUUAUAAAUCUACCCAUUUGACAAGAGUGUGAGACUCUUUCACAUUGCUUUAAUAUAUGAUUUUAAUAUAUUGACUUUUGUGGCCUCUCUUCAGAAGGGUAAACAUUGAUUAUCUGAAAGUAACAAUUCUAUGCUUUAUUACCAUUGUUAAGUUCUUGGGUGUGUUCAGUUCUGUUAAGCCAUGAUUUGAUAGGGCUGAUCAGCUAUAAUUUAAUAUAAUUCAAGAUUUCUGGUUCUGUUUCCCCAUCAACAAAACUCUGCCUCAUUUUACAAACUUUUUUCCUACAAUUCACUGGCUAAAGUCAUUCCCAGAUGAACUAAAUUAUCACUCUUUGAGGUUUUAGAAAGUGAAUUUUAAUAUCUAGCACAAGUGAGCCCAGUAGGUAUUCUUAAGAGGAAGCAGAUAGUUAAUUUAUCUUUCAAGAUGUUGACAUGUUAAGUUAUAGCAGUGCCAUAUAGGUCUUGUUAUAAUCAGUAUUGGAAAUGGCUUUGCUUUUACUUAAAGCAUCCUUUCCUCUUGUCACCUGUGCUGCUAUGCAAAUGUCUGUUAAUGCUUGAUAUCCUCCAUUGAACUGUUCAAAUAACAUGGUACAAAGUUGAAACUUUCUUUCCUGGACUGUUUGUAAAUAGCCUAAAAUGUACAUUGAAUUUCACAUUGUAAAAUUUUUAUUUUAUUUCUUGUAUUAUAUUAAGCGAAAGUCUUUAUGUAUAUGAAAGUGCAUAAUAAAUAUAUUUGCUUUUCA